UUUUGCGCUGUGCCUAUCUCUUUGUUUCCAACUGUUUUCUGUCUAAGCGGUCUGACUGCAUUAUGGCAGCACGAAAACUAGUCAAUGUACGCAUUACCUCUGACACUGUUUGACCAUGGUGUUGGGUUGGCAAGCGUCAUCUAGACCUUGCAACCCAGACUCUUAGGGACAAGCUAGAUGUUCAGAUCAAAUGGAUGCCUUACCAACUCAAUCCACACAUGCCAGAGGAAGGAAUUCCAAUGGAACGUUACUACACAGCCAAGUUUGGGGAACAAGGAGCUGCGAUGGCUAGAGACAUGAACGGAUCACGAUGCGGGAAAAUGGGCAGAGCAGUGGGAUUGGACUUCAGUGGUGCAAAGAUGGUUAUUAAUACAAUGCGUUCCCAUCUGUUGAUGGAAUGGGCUGCUGAUCAGAGUCUGGAGAAGCAGCACAGUUUGGCAGAAGUUUUGUUCAAGUAUCAUUUCGCGGAUGGUCGUAAUGCAAAUGAUGUUGAUACACUUGUCUUGGCUGCUGAGGAAGCUGGUCUAGAUGGAAAGAAAGCGCGAGAAGGACUAGAAGAUCGAGACAUUCGUAGCAAAGUGGAUACUAUGCUGAUGGCAGCUCGUACUGUGAGAGGCAUCACUGGCGUACCUCACUUUGAGAUUACCGGCCCUAAUGGUAGUUCAUUUCAGAUGUCAGGUGCACAGCCACCAGACAAUUUUGUUCAAGUGUUUGAGCGGUUGCUAUCCAAAUAACAAGAAGGGCGUGCAGAUCACUUGUGGCUUUGAGAGUUUCUUCAUUUUGUUGGAAUCGACUUAUAAUCUCAAUGUUUUGGUAUUGCUGCUAAUGAUGACUGUCUGUGUAAACCCAUUGGGCUACAGACGGUUUGAUGUUGUACAGUUUGUGCCAAUACAUCAUUACCACACUCA